CAAUCCAGCUGUGAGGUGCUAUAACCACUGCACUGCACUGCCACUCCUCCCUCUGAAGAGAUAAUUUGGUCCGAUUAGAGGUGCUGCUGUUACUUUUGCAUUUUAAUUAGAAUUAACGUGACCUAGCUGUCUGAAACCAUGGCUUCUCUCGUCAAGUUGGCUAAAGCAACCCUGCGACCUGGAAUCAGGGCCAUCUCUACCUCCCUCCCUGCUGCUAGCUCAGGGGCUCCUCCAGCUAAUGGAUAUUCAUUUGAGCUGAACGAUGAGCAGAAGGAGAUCCAGUCGCUGGCACGCAAGUUCACCGCCGAGGAAAUCAUUCCGAAAGCCGCUGAAUACGACAAGACGAUGGAGUACCCUUGGCCCAUCGUGAAGAAGGCCUGGGAGCUGGGCCUGAUCAACAACCACAUUCCUGAACACUGCGGUGGUACGGACCAGGGCGUGUUCAAUGGGUGCUUGAUUGCCGAGGAGACUGCUUAUGGGUGCACUGGCAUCGGGACCGCCAUGGAGGCCACCGGCCUGGGCCAAACACCGGUCAUCAUCGCCGGCAACAAGGAGCAGCAGAAGAAGUAUCUGGGACGCCUCAUUGAGGAACCCCUUGUUGCGGCUUAUUGUGUUACUGAGCCUGGUGCAGGUUCUGACGUAAAUGGAGUCAAAACCAGGGCUGAAAAGAAGGGUGAUGAGUGGAUCCUGAACGGACAGAAGAUGUGGAUCACAAACGGAGGAGUCGCCAACUGGUAUUUCCUGCUGGCCCGUACCAACCCCGACCCGAAAGCACCUGCUAGCAAGGCAUUCACCGGCUUCAUCGUAGAAAGAGAAUUCCCUGGAGUCACUCCCGGCCGAAAGGAAAUCAACAUGGGGCAGAGGUGCUCAGACACUCGCGGAAUCACCUUUGAGGAUGUGAGGAUACCAAAGGAAAACGUUCUGCUCGGCGAGGGAGCCGGCUUCAAAAUCGCCAUGGGAACCUUUGACAAGACCAGAGCACCGGUUGCUGCUGGAGCCACUGGUCUCGCUCAGCGUGCUUUCACUGAAGCCACCAAGUACGCCCUGGAGAGGAAGGCCUUUGGUGUCCCCAUUGCCACCCACCAGGCUGUCGCCUUCAUGCUGGCUGAAAUGGCGAUCGGCGUGGAGACUUCUCGCCUGGCGUGGAUGAGGGCUGCCUGGGAAGUGGACCAGGGACGCCGCAACUCGUACUACGCGUCCAUCGCCAAGGCUCUGGCUGGAGAUGUCGCGAACAAGUGCGCCGCUGACGCUGUCCAAAUAUUUGGUGGAAACGGCUUCAACAGCGACUACCCGGUUGAGAAGCUGAUGAGAGACGCCAAGAUCUAUCAGAUCUAUGAGGGCACCGCCCAGAUCCAGCGCCUCAUCAUCUCCAGACAGCUUAUUGAGAGACACCUUUCCAGCGCUUAAUUUCUUAAUUCUUGCCUGUUGUUUGAACGUUUUACCAAUCAAACUAUCAUUCUGGUAUUUUACAUGCAGAACACUUACUACUUUGUAAUACAGGUUAUUUUGUCAUCAUGAGACUGAAUAAAAGAACAUAUAUGCUCUACGUUGUUUCAAACAAAA